AUGAUUGUCAACAUCGUUCCUCUUACCGUCAUCAAAGGCGCCGGCCACGAGUUCAUCCCCCUCCCUCAGGGCGAGAACGCAACCACUGCCGACUUCCACUCCAUCCGCACCAAGACUGAAUCCCCUGCACACUUCACUUCGGGGUUCUAUAAGAUCGAGGCUGGACCUGAAAGACCCGCGAGUUACAAUUUUGAGGAAACGAAGUAUGUUCUCAAUGGUCAGAUCGAUGUUUUGGACGAGGCUACGGGGGUCACCCACCACCUAGUCCAGGGAGAUUUUGCCUUUUUCCAUGUUGGAUCCAAGGUCAAGUUCUCGACUAAGUCACAAGGGCUUGCCUUCUACGCCGUUACUCGACCCAUUCGAUCCCCCCCCCCCCUAACCUUAAAGGUCGGGAGGAAGACAAGGCUAAGUUGUAAGGAGUUGGUCUAG